AUGGAAUCUCCUUCUAGCUCAACUAUCUCACUUGAACCUAAACAAGCCAAAAAACUUACUUUUAAAGAAAGACUUAAAGUAUACAUUUCAUAUACUCGACCUCUGUUUUAUCUUUUCCUUUUUGAUAUUGGUUUGCCAUUGGCACUUUAUUAUAUUCUCAAGAUCUGGUUAAGUGUCUUGAUUGCUUUGAUUAUCUCGGGUAUUCCUCCUCUACUACGAGUCAUUUAUGUAUUUUGGAAAAGAAGACAAGUUGAUAUUCUGGGCUGUAUCUUUGUCAUUUCAUUCAUUCUCUCUGCUGUAUUGUCUGUCAUCAGUGGUAAUGUGCGAUUGGCUUUACUUCGUGAUUCAACAACAACGGCAUUGAUCAGUGUUAUGUUCUUUAUCACUUUGAUCCCCAUUCGUACCAAAUGGUUUACUGUACGCCCUAUUGUCUUUAUGGCUUCACAGCAAAUUAUGGCAGAACGACCACCUAUCGUAUGGACUGACAAAAAUGGGGAAGAACACACGACCGAACUUAUGGAAAUGAUCUGGAUCCACGUUCAUGAGUACCGCAAAUUUUGUUACAUUAUCAAUGCGCUUUGGGCUGUCUUUUUGAUGGCUGAAUUUGUGGCCAAGGUGAUUAUGAUUGAGAGUAGUUUGACAGUCGAUCAGAUUGUGCUGUAUGGUAACAUCAUGGUAAUUGUGGUUGUGGUUGGCAUGACUAUCUUUACUGUACUCUAUAGUCGACAAGUGACAAAAUCCACUACGGCUCAAAUAGCUGAAUUCAGAAAAGAGAAUCGUCUUAUAAAUGAUGUGCCUGAAUAG